GUAAUAUUCAGCCUUUUAUAAUUGAAAAUGCUGGUAAAUUUUAUCCAAUUAUGUUGGUGAUUUUUUACGGUAAGGAUAUACUAAUAAAAGUGGUAGUAGUAUUAAUGGUGAUAGUUAUUUAUCUACCGUUACUGUGUUGCCUUUUAGAAUUAGUUGCUUCGACGAAUAUCGGAUAUCCCUCACAAAUAUAGUAAAUUUGGUUUUUCAUUCCACUCGUUAGCUAUAGGAUUCUGAAAUUUUCUGUGCGUAAGUGACAUUGCUCAAUUCUAGCAGUUUUCGGUUGAAUUAAUCAUUCUGGGUAUUCAAGAAAAAUAUUUCUGUCAGCGAUUUAUUACAACCUCUUUGGUCUGUCAUAUAAGGAAAUGCUUGAGGCAUACGCAGCAUUAAGAUAUCUGAAGCGUUUUUCCACCAUAUUUGCUGUGAGUUCAGGUGCGUUACCUGCUGCCAUAUCAGUUAUCCGAGUUUCCGGUUGGUCCAUUUAAUCUUCUAAAUUUUUUUUCAAUAUUUUAGAGUAUUUAUUUGUGAUACUCUUAUAUAAUCUCACAAAUUUUCUGUUAAAAUAGGAAAAGAAAGUCGGCGAUGCUUAGAGCAGCUCACGGGUCGAAAAAAAAUUCUGCCUAGGCAAUUAUUCUACGCGAAUAUUCGGCGAGAUGGAGAGCUUAUUGAUCGAGGCAUGGCGGUUUUUUUACCAGGUCCGAAAACAUCAACUGGGGAAGAUGUGGCUGAAUUUUAUGUGCACGGUAGUCGAGCAGUUGUUGACUGUUUGUUGCAGGCACUGGGGCAGUUUGAUAACGUGCAACUCGCAAGGGCUGGCGAAUUUACGAAAAGGGCAUUUUUCAAUGGAAAGAUGACAUUGCAGGAAGUACAAUCGCUUGCGUAUCUCUUGGCUGCACAAACGCAGCGUCAGCGACGCUUAGCUUUGCGCAUGAACACUUUAGAUAAAGCGAUAGAAGGCAUAAGAAAGCAGCUUAUUGAAGUACGUGCUUCCGUGGAAGCAUCCAUUGAUUUUGGCGAUGAUGUUUGGUUUCAGUGGGAAGACAUUCGUGUCGUAAUCAGUUUAAUGAUUAGUGAAUUGAGCAAUAUCCAAGAACAGAUGCAUCGAGGAAUGCUGAUUAACGAAGGCUUAAGGAUCGUUAUUUUGGGACAAACAAAUGUUGGAAAAAGCAGCUUAUUCAAUCGUAUGGCGAACCGGGACAUGGCCAUAGUGUCAGAUAUUGGGGGAACAACUCGUGACUCAUUAGAAGCAACAAUUCAACUUUCUUCUAUCCCAGUGACCAUUGUCGAUACUGCAGGAAUUCGUGAAAUUCUUUUAGAUUCUCUUGAAGCUGAGGGCAUUCGGAGAACACUGAGAAGAGCGGCGGAGGCUGAUAUUGCGAUUGUAGUGAUAGACAGUAGUAUGUGCAAGGAUUUCGAAACGGAUGUGCGCUCAGUGCUUUCUUGGUGUCAUCUCAAAAAAGAGACACCUGUUUUUGUUGCUCUGAACAAAUGCGAUAUAUGUAACGUUCCGAAUAAUAUAGUUCUUCCAUGGCCUGCUGUUAACAUAUCAUGCAUUUCCGGUGAAGGAAUCAGUUCAUUGCUAGAAAUUAUUUGUGAGCAUAUCAGUGAGCUCUGUCCAGUAUCCGAUGAUAGCACUCUUGUCAGUAGUCAAGCUCACCGGCUGCUAUUAAAAGAAACCAUUCUUGUCCUUAGAAAGGCAUUGGAAGUCAACGAUGUUGCCGUCGUAGCAGAAUUGUUACGCGACGUGUCGGAUUAUAUCAGCGAGAUGUCAGGUACAAUUGUGAACGAACAAAUUCUUGAUCAGAUAUUUUCCUCAUUUUGUAUUGGAAAAUGAAAAAGUACAUAAUACACCGCGGUUAUGUUAAACUAGCGAUAACUGUUUUGUGUUAUAUGAAUAAAGUUUUUAAACAA